AUGGCGGCCACCGUCGGCAACGGCAAGGACAGGGAGGAGGCGGUGGUCCACCCGAACCCGAGGCAGGGGGGCAAGCUCUUGUCCAGGCUGCUGACGAGGGACAGCUCUGCCGCCGCGCCGUCCUUCAGGGUCUACUACGGCGUGGCCUCCGCCGGCGCGGUGCCGUUCCUGUGGGAGUCGCAGCCGGGCACGCCCAAGAACGCCGUCUCCGACACGACGAUGCCGCCGCUCACGCCUCCGCCGUCCUACUACGCCGCCGGCGCCGGGGCCGCCAAGAAGCACGCGGCGCGCAAGGCCGCCGCCGGGAGCAACAGGUUCAGGCCGUCCCGCAUCCUGGGCUCCAUCCUCAUGGCGACGCGGAGGCGGGGCCGGACGACGCCGUCGGGCUCGCCCACCUCGUCCUUCUCCUCCGCGUCGACCUCGUCAUCGUCAUCCUCCUACUCGGCAUCUUCGUUCCGCCGUACCACGCAGUCGCCGAUGCGGGCCGGCGGCAGCAGCAGCAGCAGGCUGCACUCGUCGUCGUCGUCGUUCUCGGACGAGGAGGAGACGGCCAUGGCGACGUGCUUCAGGGUGCGGCACGAGAGCUUCAGGGCGCUCAAGGGCUGCCGCGUCGCCGUGACGGUGAGGAGCGCGCUGGCGUCCGUCGGUGGUGCCGCGGCGCAUCAGGCGCAGAGGGUCUAA